AACAAGAGCACCAAGAACCCGAGGAUGCACCUCACCCCAUGCUCGAAUACAACCAAGCCCCACCACCCACCGAUUACUUCCAACAAUUACUUGACGGGUUCGAGAGAGUUACCAAUGAAGUUGGUAAGUAUCGGGAAGAACAAAGGGCAGGAUUUCAAAGAAUAGAAGAGCAAAGGGCCGAAGACAACCGACGGUAUGAAGAGGAUCAACGUAGGUUCUAUGGACCUAUGUACUCUUACAUGGCUCAUCAAGGCCAAUUCCACACCAUGGCUCAACCACCACCACCACCCUCUUGGUAUGACCCCACUCAAUGGGGUAAUUUUGGAGGAUCUAGCUCCGGGGGUGGAGGUUUUGAUGGAGGGGAUGACGGCGUCGACACCCACAUGGGCGAUGGGAGCUUUGGAGGAGGCUUUGGAAGCGGCUUUGGAGGCGGCUUCUACGGCGGAGAAGGCGGACACUAGGGACAGUGUUUCAACUAAGUGUGGGGGAGGAGAUUACUCAUGGAACUCACUUGAUCUCUAAGAGGAAGAAGAAGAAGAAGAAAAAGGAGAAGAGGAAGAGAAGAUGAACACUAGAAGACCA